AUGGCGAGCAAAGAAUUUUCAACUUUAAAAGAAAAAGAUAUUCAACCUGGAGAUUAUGUUUCCACACCAUUUCGUGGAGGAUCGCGUCAAGGCUAUGUUAAAGAAAUUGUGGCACAUAAUCCAAGCACUUUGUCUAAAAAUGAAUCAAAAAGCAGAAAAGAUGAAUAG